AUAUUAUAACCCAACACUUGCUAUUUUCUGCUAUCUUGAAUGGGGGUAUAGACUAAAGUUCAAUAUUAUGCGAGUGAAUGCAAGGGAUUCUAUCAAUUAUUAUAGCUCUUAAACCAGAUACAUAGUUUUCUCAAUUUUCUUUUAUGCGCAUACCCUAGAAAUGUUUGCUUGUCUAUUGUGUCUAAAACUUGUGUAGUCCUGAUUUCUUACGAUUUUUUCCCCUUUUCUGCUUUUCCUUUACUUGAUUCCUCCCAUGCAAUGAACAGAUGGGGUUGUAACUGUUUGUUUAAGAAGAAAGAAAAUUAGGGACUCCCCCCCCCCCCCCCCCCCGCCUCUUGCGACUUCAAUUUUCUUGACAAGUUCUUGUCUAUAUCCGUGUCUUCUCCAUUUUAAUAUUUCUUUUUAUAACAAAGUGCUUUUUCAGAUUGUUCUGAAUUCAUUUGGCUAUGGACAACACUGGCUUGACAACAGAUCAGUUGCAAACGAGAGACCAUAUAUCAGUUGACUUCAGGCAACCUGAUGAGGAACUGGUGGCUUCAAUCAUGGAAGAGAUAGAAACCAUCUCUUACUCUCAUAGUAUCGGCAGAGUGAAGGGGAGUCUUCGUGAGACAAAUGGGAACAUAUUUGAUCCUGAUAAAGUCUCAAUUGGUCCUUACCACCACGAUGAUGAAGGUUUAAAAUCCAUGGAAGAUCAGAAAUGGCGCUACGUAUAUGCACUCCUCAAUCGAAAACUGAACCUAGAAGCAAGCCUAAAUGAGUGUGUCACUGCACUUAGAGAGGUGGAACAUAGAGCACGGGCGUGCUAUGAAGAUAGGGGUGACAUUGAUUUGUCAUCCAACAAAUUCCUGAAAAUGAUGUUAGCUGAUGGCUGUUUCAUCAUCGAACUCUUUCUUAGGUACUCUGUCAAGAGUUUAAGACGCAGAAAUGAUCCUAUAUUUACCACCCCAGGAAUGCUUGCCGAUCUGAUGAAUAAUCUGAUAUUGCUAGAAAAUCAGAUUCCCUUGUUCAUUCUUCAGCGAUUAUUUCAGGUGGUGCCAAUUCCUAAGCAAUGUACUUACUCUCUCCCUGAGCUUGCUUUUCGUUUCUUCAGAAACAUAAUUCCAGGUGAUCCAAAAAUUAAUCAAGAAAAAUUCAACCAAGAAGCACACCAUUUGCUUGACAUAAUCUGCCACUGUCUUCUACCAACAUAUCCAAUAGUGCGGCAACAGCAACCCAAGUCUGAGAAUAAGUAUCUACCCUCUGCAACAGAGCUCCAGACUGCAGGCAUUAAGAUCAAGGUGGCAAGAACAGAUAACUUGCUGGACAUAAAGUUUACAAACGGAAUCCUGGAAAUUCCACCAAUUGUAGUCCAUAGAUUUACAAGAAAACUCUUCAGGAAUCUGAUCGCGCUCGAGCAUUGUUCCUCCGACAGUAUACAGUACGUCACCUCUUAUGCAAUUUUCAUGAAAGACCUAAUCAGGGAGGACAAAGAUGUGAAAUUACUCCAGAAACGAUUCAUUCUGACCAGCUACCCUGCCACACGGAAAGAUGUGAAUAAACUGUUUGAAGUGCUAUGCAAGGGUGUGGAUGUGAUUGAAUUCUACUACGAGGGGCUGUGCGCACAAGUGAAUGGGUAUAAAGGCAGAAGUUGGCACAAGAAGAUCAACUUUUGUCCCAAAUUAUUUCCCUCCAAAAAUAAUCCUCGGUUACGUCUAUUGCUGCUUGCUACAAUGUUGGUUGUUCUUCUCGUCCUCGUGGUCGUGGGUUGGUGCUCUCUUUUUUUCUCCCCCGCUAUGAGGAUCUCACUGAACAGCACCUAAAAAUCUUGUUGCCUGUGUUGAGGUGAGAAUAAAUAUUGUUUUUCCCUCCUACAUUGCCUUUUGCCCUUUUUUUCCUUUUUAAUUAAGUUUGCUCUUAAUUAUUACUCAUUGUAUAUCUUGAGAAGAUUCUUUCACGCUUACAAAUAUUGUGAUAUGCUUAAUUAUAAUAGCAUUAAUUAACUAUUCUUU